AGCAAAUCAACAAACUGGGCAUUUAGACGUGGUUGACGUUUAAUUGUUUAAUAACGCAGUCGCCUAAUAUUGUUGAACUGACAGUUCAUUGUUUUGAAAAAUAUUUCAUUAUGCUCUGUAACCAAAGAAUCCAAUCAAAACCAUUGAAAGUAAUUGAUGUCAUGGAACGGUCUCCAAGCAAUACCUCGAAGAAAAUCAAGUCCGAACUUAAAGUUUCAUAGCUUGCGCCUAACUCAUUUUAACGGUCAAAUGAAAUCCCUUCAAGCAUCACCGACCGGCAGGCCGUCCGGCAGCGACUGCUGUUGUGACGCUCAUUGUAAAAUACCGCGCGCAUGGGCGCCAUUUUUGCAGCGCUGCUUCCGUGUGCAAACGCUUCGCCCAUUUCGCCAGCAUCACACACGUCAGCCGUGCAGCGGCGCUUGUCGAUGUUACACUCUCGCGGAGAGAAACACCGAUGAGCCGGAUGGACGCGCUUCUGGCAUCCCGCUCGCAUAAACGUCCGGCAAAGCGGUCAAAAAGAGACGGCACAACACGGCGAGCGGCUGAUGAAAUACUCUGAAACGCUUGGCUCGAACGAAAAUUUUGGUGAGCAGGAGCGAAGUCAAUCGUGUUCACUCGUGUGAAAUCAGCCCAUCGGAAAGGAGGUAAAAGCACAGCGCAUUUUUUCGUUCCUUCCGAAAUCUGGAAAAUUUCCUGCCUGCUGGCUUUCGGUGUGCAAUUCGUAUCGACGAUUUGCGUGGCUAGUGUUGGCAAAUGUGAAAAGUUGAACUUUUCGAGGUAUAAAAUAGUGUAGUGCAGUUUUUGUAGAUACUCCGCAUAAAAGUUAAAAUUUCCUAAAUGCGAAAUGCGCUUCCUGCUUGGAUCGUUCUUUUUUCCUUUGCUCUAGUGGAGCAGUGAGGAAGACCAGCAGUAGAAAAGUGAGUGCCCAAAGUGUAGUGAGUUUCGUAACGGUGAGAAGUGAUAGCAGAAAUCGUUAGUUGGUAGAGAUGAGGGGUGAUAAUCGCUGUGUGAAGACGGCGAGCGGGAAGAAUUUGUAAUUCAUCGCAACAUCGGAGCUAUCGCUGCACUGUCUGCAGUCGGUUACGAAUUGCGCGAGGCCGAGAAGUCAGACGACUCCCAUUUUCUUCUAAUUUUUUCUAAAAGAAAUCUUGAAAGGUGUGAAAUUGCAUAGCGUGUGUUGAGAAUAUUUUACGAUUUUGGUAGUAAAGUGAGUGCUUUGUUCAACGAAUUAAGCAAGAAGCUAAAGAAAUGAUGGUGGAAAAAUCGAAAUUUUCAACGGCGCAAGCAACGAAGAAAAAUGAAUAAUACGUGUAGCAAGCAGUAGGCAAACACUACGGUAAAGGAAAAAAGCACAGAACUAAUAUCGUGGUGUUGGUGAGCAGCUUUGUUGUACGUAUUGCAUUGUAACUUGCUGUGUAGAGACGAUGAUCAGCUUCGGACUGGAGUAGAAAUUCCGCUUUCGAUUGUAAAAUUCGCCGAACAAGUGCGUGCUCUCCGGUCAGUCGUGGUUGGUUGUUGGUGCACAACAGUUGUGUGAAUGAAGAAUUGCCUCAGCCGGCUUAUUAGUAUUUUACAAAUUUAAGGACCGGCGCAAGUGCUGCGAGUCAAGUGGUGUGUGCUGAAAGUGAUUUAACACAUACAUUUUCCUUCUCCGGUCUAUACAAGUAAGAGUGAGUGUGUGAAGAGUAAGUGCAAUUGAUGAAAAGAUACAGGAGAAGUUGAUGAUCUACAGUCGGAGAAAACAGAAGAAAUACUAGCGUUGCGUUGGUGUGAGCUCCGGUGGUAAUACCCAGUGAAAUAUUGAAAAAAUAACAUCGCUGGCUGGAUUUAAUGCAAUUUGUUGUUAGAAAGGGGGCUGCUUAAUUACCUUUGUGAAGAUCAAGUGCAAGAAUGUGCUACUAUUAUUGAUUGGAUUAAUUUUACUUUUCUCGGAAGUGGACAAAUGUGUGAAUGGGACUAGCGCGCUUUCCAGCAGCGAGCGUUAUUAAAGUACCCGAUGCAGUUGAUGCGAUGGCUCCCGCUCUUACCGAGCCGCUGAGCCAAAGCAAACUCUCGUCGUCGGCUACAUCUGGGGCAUCUCCGCGCACUGGAGUGGAAACCAACAGUCAGCAGGAAGUGCCGAGCAGCGCGAGUACUGACUCCGGAAACGGUUCCUCUUCAACAAUACCUAGCGAGACAGACGUCUUUGUGAGGGAUACCGAGCCUCCAACUUCCGAGGUUGAGCAAACGGAGGACGAUAUUCAAAAUAAUAACAGCGGUGGGCAAUUAUUAAAAAUUGAUCCAGAUAGUGGGAAAGAUCUCAUUGAGCUUGCUUUGGAGCAGCUCCAUCGAGAUGAAACCACUCGAACGGAAACCGAUGAAGCUACAGCUGGCGGAAGUGCCCAGACUGAUACAGAUAUUUCGCAGGCAGUUAUCGAUCAAAUCUCACAGGUAGCUUCAACCGGCGAAACAGUCACAUCCAGCGAAGAAGUGCAUGGUGACCUACAACAACUCGACUCGCAGUCGUCAAUCAUUUCCAGUUCAAGCACUGCAAUGGGGCUGCAAAAGGACUACCUGAAAGACAAUCCCGACAUGGAACAAAUGCUCGGAGAGCUCGCUUCCACUUCGGACAUGGAUUUACUACAAGUAUUCAAAAGUCUGGAAGGUAACCCUAGCGGAGAUGGUCUUUGUGCAGAAUUGGCUGGAGGUCUUUCGCUGUUUAAUGAUGUUGACGUGGUGAAUAUAUACGAAGAAGUUGCUCAAACGACCCCUCCAAACAAAGAUCAUGAGCGACAGGAAAUGCACGCUGAAAUUGUCCAGCGACAAGCUCAGAUGCAAAGAAAAUAUGACUUUCUUAUCCGUCGUCUAAACAAGCUGCAAGCUCGUUACAUGGGUCAGCAUGUCAGUGAGGAAAUUGCCGGUUUGUUUGAAUAUUCUCAGCGCUACUGGAAGAAAAAAGACAAAGAACAAGCCAAAGGCCUUGGCACAUCAUCGGCCACCGUUUCGCCAACUUCGCUCAUUCCGGACAUUAUUCCUUAUCAACCCCCUCCGCCAUCAUCCACCGAUAAACAAAAACCCAUUUCGGCUAAUGCGAUGAAAACUUUUGCCAAGCGCCUGGAAGGAAUAUCUGCCACCCAGUGUUCAAGCCAAGCGAAGCGAAUUUAUGCCAAUCGGUACUUUCAGGGUACGGCAAGCAGUCCAGCGGAUGCGGGUGGAGUUUCCACGCCACAGAACUAUACCUCGCCUUCGACGACAAUACCGAAAUUCGAGGAUCCGGCUAUCGAACAGCUGCAGCAGACCGCAGGCCUACUGCACUCGGAAUUGCGUCAAAUACAGAACACAAUCGAUUCGGAAGCAACACUCAGCAGUUCCGGGGGCGAAUCAGCCGACGAACUGGUUCCGCACAACAAUGAGCUUCAAUACUCUUUGACGAUUUCCAAACGGGCAGCCUGGCGAUGGGCUAAAGAUCGAGCUUCGGUAGCAGCACGGUGGACUUGGCUGCUGGCGCAAAUAUCAGACCUGGAGUACCGCAUCCGGCAGCACAAUGAGCUGCAAAAUAAAAUAAAAAUCAACAAAGGUGCAGUCACAUUAGAGGGCAGCACGACGCAUGCAUCGCAACCUCCCUCACAGCAGUCAGUUAAUGGUUAUCGGGGAACACUUCCCGGUAAUAGCAAACCUCUGGACGAUAACUACGAUGCUGCCGCCCCCGGAAGUAGCUCGGCCCCGAAUGGAGCAUACGAUCAGAAUGGAGGCAGUUGUCGAACGCGCGCUUUCCACAGAAAUGGAUUCCGUAAGCGUAAACUACUGCAGACUGCAAAUCUGCACACAAUUUCAAAGAAAGCCGCUCGACCCAGCACCGUCAAAUGCGGGUGUGCCUGGCCGUUACACCCUUGUGCGCUGUGUACCGGCCGGCAGGAUCCUACAGCGCCUAGAGACCUCCCUGACACAAUGCCGCCAUCGGAAAGAGUCGCACUGUUGGAUCCAUGUUUCCAUCCAGUGCUCAGUUUUCCCGAAGAUGUUCCCCAUGGCAUUCAUUUCGAAGCUAUUAUGCGAAUACCGGACUGGCAAAAUAAGAUGAUUCGUAUUACAGCCAAAGCACUCAGCAGGAGCGUAGCUGCCUCUCAGAAGGCAGCGGCUGGCUUGAGUUCUACACCUGGUGGGGUUCUGCCGUCCAGUGCCCCUCCCGCGUUCCUUUCAUCGGGCGACGAAGCCCUGCCUCAUGGCAACAAAAAAUACGGACCUGAUGGGAAGCGGAAGUACAACAAACACAAGCACAGUUCCACAGAAUUGCCUAAUCAUAAAUUAAAAAAAUCAAAGUCUCGACGAAAUCUGCUCCUAACAAGCACCGGCAGUGGUCGACGCAAGUCAUCAUCGGCAUACCCUCCAGGCCACAGCAACAGUCCAGCCGGAAUCGGUGCGACACCAGGUGGCAGUUCGAACAAAUACUACAAAAGCUCUAGUAGUAAGUACCGAAAAUCAUCAAACUCAUCGGCUGUUGGUGUGGCAAAUACUUCUAGCAGCGGAACGUUGAGUCGCUACAAUAGCAGCAGUGGUUUUGCCGGUACUUCUUCCGGGCUUGAUUAUAUGGAAGCUGGUGGGCAUCACGAUGGCGCUGGCAGCGGUAGCAGUCGAAGCAAAAACUCAUCACCAACGCCAAAUCAUCAUCGAAACGAAAGGAAAAGUCGGACCUCGUACGACAUCGAUAAUAUUGUUAUUCCGUACAGCAUAGCAGCAUCAAACAGAGUGGAACUGUUGCCCUACAAGGAAAUCGUUACCCCAAAAUGGCGUAUUGUCGAUGAUAACGAUGAGCCCGUAAAUACGGACUUUACCGCGAAUUUAGAAACCCUCAGCUCUGGCGAACCCGCCUCAGCUAUCGGCGACGACGACAAAGCAACGUCAUUGGAGGUGAAGACAGAAUCAGCCUCACCUCCACCCGUAGUAAAACCAACAGAAGUAGCCAUCAGCGACGAUAUCAAACCACCGACCGAAGGUCAACUAAUAGUGCUGCCUGCCAUUGAAGAGGAAGACAUCUCUGAGGAAAUUAUUUUAAUAAAGCAUGAACGUGCACUGCAAGAUGAACGCAAAAAGUUCCGCACGUACAUGAAAUUUCCCUGGAGCAGACCACGAGCGAAUCGCCGAACCGACAGUCGGGCAGAAUCAAGCGGAGCUAACACACCGGAUCCGACCUCUCCUGCACCGCCUACUCCACUGGUGGAUCCCGAGUCAAACACUUCUCCAGCAUGCCCUUCGACUCCGCUGAUGCCACAGGACUCGCAGGAGCUAUCAGAAACUAACGUGCUCAACGCCCUCAAUCAAAGCUUAAAUAAAAAGGAACGCAGGCGCACGGUUUCAACCAAAAUUUUAAGAGAUGAAAUCCCACGGAGCAACAGUCCGGACCUCAAAGAGAUCAUACCACCGUACGAGGCGCUGGAGUUUCCACUGUCGGACGAUCUAUACGAGGAAAUGAUCAGAACAAUGCCCAGUGACCAUCUGGCCUUGGUGGAGGAUGCCAUCUGCAAACUGUCGCGACCGAGUCGACCUAACAACAACGUGUUGCUAGCGAACCGCAACAAUCUGAACCUAGCUCCGUCGAGCAGUGGACUGCAUAACAACCCUCUCAGCUCAAAUAUGUCCACGACGUCAACGACACUGUCGGCUACCGAGAACGAUUUGGACGAAUUGGAACCUCACGACCCUGAUGACGACCUGAUGGAGGCAAAGAAAAUAGAGAAUCAGAUCAUUAUGGAGAAACUGUUGAAUAGUUGCGAUGAAACUCGGAGGUUCGUCGGUGUACGUGAGGUACUGGAUGAUGAUGACCCGAUGGACGAUGAGGAAACCGACACUGGAGAAUCACUGUUCGUCGAAGAGGACGAUCCUAACGAUCCAGAAUGGUACGAUCGACCCGGCCGCGGUCGAACGUAGGACGUGUUUCUUCCGCGAAACGGGCGCUUAGUUUGAUCUCGAUCAUUACAGGAGUUUGGUUUCCUUAUUACUGUAUUUUUAUUAGAUGUAAGCUAUUACCGCUUUCGUUUUACUACGUUUUUUACAAAAUAGGACCUAAAAGAUGGCGUUCAAGCCCCAUCAUUGUACAGCCGAUAAGGGAUCACUUGUAAUAAGUAUAAUUAUUAUUGAGGAAGUAAAAUAAAUCAGAGCAGAGCAUACUAGUAGUGCGAUACUUGGUAAUUAAUAUUAUCCCUAUGACAAAUUACUGCAAACUAACGAAACAAAGGAAAGAGUAAAAAUUGUUUCUUAUAGCGCAAUCUGCCGCUGUGUAAAUUAUAAUUAUUAGAAGUCUCUAAACACACUGUCGGGCAUUACAGCUAUAUUAUCGUUGGCAUAGAGCAAGAUUUAAUGAAUAGUCACUUAGCAGACAGAAAUGUAAAAAUAUUAUAACGAGAACAAACUUCAGAGAUCCCUGUGAAUGAUAAACAUACAUAUGUAAGCAGAAACUAUAAGCAGAACAAUACAAAGCAAAGCAAGCAAAAAAAAUGUUUGUUACAUCUUUUGCAAUCGUGUGCAUACAACAAAUGAUUCACCACAUUGCUGUGACAUAAACCAAUUUUAGAUUCCUUUUUGUUUGUUAGAUGCUAGUACACCUCAUGCAUAUAGCCCACAGCUUUAGGUUUAAAAUGCAAGCAAUUUGCAAAGAUAUAUGUAAUGCUUCUUGGCUUCGUUAAUUUUCCCCUUUUCCAUCUGUAAUGGCAGAACGUUUCUAAAUUGUUUUCUUUUUCAAAAUUUUAUUGCGCUUCACCCGUAAUUGUAGCAAGGGUAGAAUCGGAAGUGUUAUUGUGUAGGUUUUUUGCGUUUUCUAUCAAGAGAGCAAACAAAUUAGGCUUAUUAAUAGUCAUCAUUAAUGAUAAUGUCUCUGCACCGAAGCAUCCAGAUGGCAGAAAUAAUAAACUAAACAAAAAAGAUAACGGAUAAUAUCUCCAAAAAGGUAUUUGUAGAGAAUAACUUACUCUUCACAAUAAAUAAAACGCUCGGCACAGGACAGAGUAUUCUGAGCCGGUGACGUUUUAUAAA